AUGACCGACCUGGCUGUCGCUGCCGCUGCAUCUGGUGCCAUGGCAGGCCUUGUGCUGACCCCGGUGGAGCUGAUCAAAUGCAAAAUGCAGGUCCAGAUGAUGGGCACAGCGCAUACGGCACCACCAGCCGCCAAUGCAUUGGCUCUGAUCACAGAGACGGUCCGCAAGGAAGGUGUACCUGGUCUAUGGCAUGGGCUCUCCGGCACUCUUGUCCGCGAGGUCGGUGGUGGCAUUGCUUGGUUUCUGACAUUUGAGCUUGCGACGCAAGAGUUUCUUCGCAUGCGUGGUGUGUCAAUGCCUGGUCGUUCAGCUACAAAGUCAGAUCUUGGCAGUCUAGAACUUGCAGCGAGUGGCGCGCUCGCUGGCAUCAGCUACAAUGUCAGUCUAUUUCCUGCAGACUGUGUCAAGUCAUCCAUGCAGACAGAGCGAGAAUUGCGUUCUCAGGCCGGCUUGGCACUAGGUACGCCAUCAGGAUUCUGGAAGACGUUUCAUCACAUUUAUCGCACGCGGGGCAUCCCUGGACUGUAUGCGGGCGUGGGCGUAACGUGCCUUCGGAGUGCACCCAGCAGCGGUAUCGAUUGUAUUGUAUGUAUUGUCAUCCAAUGA